AUGUCACCAGCCAUGUGGAAAUGGACUUGCCUGGUUUCUCACCUCCUGCUAUCCACCACAGUGUCGCCUCUUGGUAGGCAGCAGCCGCUCCAUCCAAAGAGGCCCUUCAUCACUUUCACUGGAGACCAAGCAGAGGGAAACUUCAACCACUUGGUAGUUGACGAAAGAACUGGGCACAUUUACCUGGGAGCUGUCAACAGGAUCUACAAACUCUCCAGUGACCUGAAGGUCUUGGUGACCCACCAGACUGGUCCUGAUGAAGAUAAUCCCAAAUGUUAUCCUCCCAGGAUAGUCCAAACCUGCAACGAACCCUUGACGCCCACUAACAACAUAAACAAAAUGCUCCUCAUAGACUACAAGGAGAAUCGAUUGAUAGCCUGUGGGAGUCUUUACCAGGGCAUCUGCAAGCUUUUGAGGCUGGAUGACCUCUUCAAGCUGGGAGAGCCCUUCCACAAGAAGGAGCAUUAUCUCUCUGGGGUAAAUGAGAGUGGCUCUGUUUUUGGAGUCAUUGUUUCUUACAGCAACAUGGAUGACAAGUUGUUCAUUGCCACUGCUGUGGAUGGCAAACCUGAGUAUUUCCCCACUAUUUCCAGCAGAAAGCUCACCAAGAAUUCCGAGGCGGACGGGAUGUUUGCAUAUGUCUUUCAUGAUGAGUUUGUGGCCUCUAUGAUCAAGAUCCCCUCAGACACCUUUACCAUCAUCCCUGACUUUGAUAUCUACUACAUCUAUGGCUUCAGCAGUGGUAACUUUGUCUAUUUCCUGACUCUGCAGCCUGAGAUGAUCUCACCACCUGGCUCCACCACGAAGGAGCAGGUUUAUACCUCCAAGCUGGUCCGGCUUUGUAAGGAGGACACAGCCUUUAACUCCUAUGUUGAGGUGCCCAUUGGCUGUGAGAAGAACGGGGUGGAGUACCGGUUGCUCCAGGCAGCCUACUUGUCUAAGGCUGGAGCCAUCUUAGCGAGGUCUUUGGGUGUUGGCCCUGAGGAUGAUAUCCUCUUCACGGUCUUCUCCAAGGGGCAGAAAAGGAAGAUGAAGUCCUUGGAUGAGUCCGCUCUUUGCAUCUUUGUCCUGAAAAAGAUCAACGAUCGCAUCAAGGACAGACUACAGUCCUGCUACAGGGGAGAGGGCACAUUAGAUCUGGCCUGGCUCAAAGUCAAGGACAUUCCCUGUAGCAGUGCGCUGUUAACAAUUGAUGACAAUUUCUGUGGCCUGGAUAUGAAUGCCCCCUUGGGAGUAUCAUCCAUGGUGCGAGGGCUCCCCAUUUUCACCGAGGAUGGAGACAGAAUGACAUCUGUGAUUGCCUACGUCUACAAGAACCACUCCCUGGCUUUUGUGGGCACCAAGAGUGGGAAGCUCAAGAAGAUCCGUGUGGACGGCACCACCAAGAACACACUGGAGUAUGAGAUUGUGCAGGUGGUGGAUACUGGCCCCAUAUUACGGGAUAUGGCCUUCUCAGUGGAUCAUGAACACCUCUACAUCAUGUCUGAAAAGCAGCUCACUCGGGUGCCCGUGGAGUCGUGUAGCCAGUACGAGACCUGCAGCGAGUGCUUGGGCUCAGGCGACCCUCACUGUGGAUGGUGUGUUCUUCACAACACGUGCACAAGGAAGGAGCGGUGUGAGCGCUCCAGCGAGCCUCGGAGAUUCGCCUCAGAGAUGAAGCAGUGUGUCCGGCUUACCGUGCAUCCCAACAACAUCUCCGUCUCCCAGUACAACGUAUUGCUGGUCUUGGAGACCUACAAUGUCCCUGAGCUGUCAGCAGGAGUCAAUUGCACCUUUGAGGACCUUUCGGAGAUGGAUGGCUUGGUGGUGGGCAGUCAGAUCCAAUGCAUCUCGCCAGCUGCCAAAGAAGUGCCCCAGAUCAUCACCGAGAACGGAGACCACCACAUUGUCCAGCUUCAGCUCAAGUCCAAGGAAACGGGUAUGACCUUUGCCAGCACCAGCUUCGUCUUCUACAACUGCAGCGUCCACAACUCGUGUCUGUCGUGCGUGGAGAGCCCUUACCGAUGUCACUGGUGCAAGUACCGCCACGUCUGCACUCAUGACCCCAGCUCCUGCUCCUUCCAGGAGGGACGAGUCAAGCUGCCCGAGGACUGUCCCCAGCUGCUACAGGCAGAGAAGAUCCUGGUGCCUGUGGAAGUGAUCAAGCCGAUCACGCUGAAGGCCAAGAACCUGCCCCAGCCGCAGUCGGGCCAGCGAGGCUACGAAUGCAUCUUGAACAUCCAGGGCAAUGAGCAGCGGGUGCCCGCUCUGAGGUUCAACAGCUCCAGCGUGCAGUGCCAGAACACUUCGUAUUCGUACGAAGGGAUGGAGAUUAACAGCCUGCCGGUGGAGCUGACGGUCGUGUGGAACGGGAAUUUCAACAUUGACAACCCAGCACAGAACAAAGUUCACCUGUACAAAUGCGGGGCCAUGCGGGACAGCUGCGGACUCUGCCUGAAAGCCGACCCGGACUUCGAAUGUGGCUGGUGCGAGGGGCAGAACCAGUGCACGCUGAAGCAGCACUGCCCAGCCCAGGACAGCCAGUGGCUGGAGUUGUCCAGCACCAAGGGCAAAUGUACAAACCCCAAGAUCACGGAUAUCAAUCCAGUGACGGGUCCUCGCGAAGGAGGGACCAAAGUGACCAUCCGUGGGGAGAAUCUGGGGCUGGAAUUCAGAGAUAUUGCGUCUCACGUCAAAGUGGCUGGAGUGGAGUGCAAACCGCUGGUGGAAGGGUACAUCCCAGCAGAGCAGAUAGUAUGUGAGAUGGGGGAGGCCAAGCCCAGCCAGCAUGCCGGAUUCGUGGAAAUCUGCGUGGCUGAGUGCAAACCAGAGUUCAUGGCGAGGUCUUCACAGCUCUACUACUUUAUGACUCUGACACUCUCUGAUCUCAAGCCGAAGCGGGGACCAGUGUCGGGUGGCACCCAGGUGACAAUUACGGGCAACAACCUCAACGCGGGCAGCAAUGUCAUCGUGACCUUUGGGCGACAACCCUGCCUCUUCUACAGGAGAUCUACCAAGCACAUUGUCUGUAACACCACUGCCUCAGAUGAAGGAUUUGAGAAGGUGAAGGUGUCUGUGAGAGUGGACAAGGCCAAGAUACAUCAGGAGUUGCAGUAUGAGUAUGUAGAGGAUCCAACCAUCCUCAGGAUCGAGCCUGAUUGGAGCAUCUUCAGCGGCAACACACCCAUUGCAGUGUGGGGAACUCACCUAGACCUGAUCCAAAACCCUCAGAUCCGGGCAAAGCAUGGUGGAAAGGAACACGUCAACAACUGCGAGGUGCAGAACAGCACAGAGAUGACCUGCCAGGCUCCAGCACUGGCUGUUGACCCCAAUCACCAGUCUGAGCUUGCUGAGCGUCCAGAGGAGUUUGGCUUCAUUCUUGACAACGUGCAGUCUCUGCUGAUUCUCAACAAAACCAACUUCACGUACUACCCAAACCCAAUCUUUGAGGUUUUCAAUCCCUCGGGGAUCCUGGAGCUGAAGCCAGGAAGUCCCAUCAUACUGAAGGGCAAGAACCUGAUCCCACCAGUGGCAGGAGGGAAUGCCAAGCUGAACUAUACGGUUUUGGUUGGUGAGAAGCCCUGUGCAGUGACCGUAUCAGAUGCGCAGCUACUGUGUGAGUCCCCAAACCUCAUCGGACGGCACAAAGUGAUGGCUCGUGUAGGAGGGAUGGAGUUCUCCCCAGGGAUGGUCUACAUCUCUCCAGACAGCCCUCUCAGCUUGCCAGCUAUUGUCAGCAUUGCGGUGGCCGGCGGCCUCCUCAUCAUCUUCAUCGUGGCUGUGUUGAUUGCGUACAAGCGCAAAUCCAGAGAAAGCGACCUCACCCUCAAGCGUCUGCAGAUGCAGAUGGACAACUUGGAGUCCAGGGUGGCACUGGAGUGCAAAGAAGCCUUUGCAGAGCUCCAGACAGAUAUUCACGAGCUGACAAGCGAUUUGGAUGGAGCUGGGAUCCCUUUCCUCGAUUACCGAACCUACACCAUGAGGGUGCUUUUCCCUGGCAUUGAAGAUCAUCCAGUCCUGAGGGAUCUGGAGGUCCCUGGCUAUAGGCAAGAACGCGUGGAGAAAGGCCUGAAGCUCUUUGCCCAGCUCAUCAAUAACAAGGUUUUCCUGCUGUCCUUCAUCCGCACGCUGGAGUCCCAGCGCAGCUUCUCCAUGCGGGACCGUGGUAAUGUGGCCUCGCUGAUCAUGACCGUGCUGCAGAGCAAGCUGGAGUACGCCACUGAUGUCCUCAAACAGCUCUUGGCCGACCUCAUAGACAAAAAUCUGGAGAGCAAGAACCACCCCAAGCUGCUGCUCCGGAGGACAGAGUCUGUGGCUGAGAAAAUGCUCACCAACUGGUUCACAUUCCUUCUGUACAAGUUCCUCAAGGAGUGUGCUGGCGAGCCUCUGUUCUCCCUUUUCUGUGCCAUCAAGCAGCAGAUGGAAAAGGGUCCCAUCGACUCGAUCACUGGGGAGGCCCGGUAUUCGCUGAGUGAGGACAAGCUUAUUCGACAGCAGAUUGAUUACAAGACACUGGUCCUGAGCUGCGUCAACCCCGACAAUGUGAACAGCCCCGAGAUCCCGGUGAAGAUCCUGAAUUGUGACACCAUCACGCAGGUCAAGGAGAAGAUCCUCGAUGCCAUCUUCAAGAACGUGCCCUGCUCCCACCGGCCCAAAGCUGCUGAUAUGGACUUGGAGUGGCGGCAAGCAAGUGGGGCAAGGAUGAUCCUUCAGGAUGAAGACAUCACGACCAAGAUAGAGAAUGACUGGAAGAGACUCAACACGCUGGCACACUAUCAGGUGCCAGAUGGAUCUGUGGUAGCUUUAGUCUCCAAGCAAGUCACUGCCUACAAUGCAGUCAACAACUCCACGGUCUCCCGGACGUCAGCCAGCAAGUACGAAAACAUGAUCCGUUACACAGGCAGCCCGGACAGUCUCCGUUCCCGCACACCCAUGAUCACACCUGACCUUGAGAGUGGAGUCAAGAUGUGGCACUUGGUGAAGAACCAUGAGCAUGGUGACCAAAAAGAGGGUGACCGGGGCAGCAAGAUGGUUUCUGAGAUCUACCUGACAAGACUACUUGCCACCAAGGGCACCCUCCAGAAAUUUGUGGACGACCUCUUUGAGACCAUCUUCAGCACUGCUCACCGUGGCAGCGCGCUUCCCCUAGCUAUCAAAUACAUGUUCGACUUCUUGGAUGAGCAGGCUGACAAGCACAACAUCCAUGACCCCCACGUGCGGCACACCUGGAAGAGCAAUUGCCUGCCGUUACGGUUCUGGGUUAACAUGAUCAAGAACCCGCAGUUCGUCUUCGACAUUCACAAGAAUAGCAUCACAGACGCCUGCCUCUCUGUAGUGGCUCAGACUUUCAUGGACUCCUGUUCGACCUCAGAGCAUCGUCUGGGCAAAGACUCACCCUCCAACAAGCUUCUCUACGCCAAGGACAUCCCCAGCUACAAGAACUGGGUGGAAAGGUACUAUUCAGACAUCGCCAAAAUGCCAGCGAUCAGCGACCAGGACAUGAAUGCAUACUUGGCUGAGCAGUCUCGCAUGCAUAUGAACGAGUUCAACACUAUGAGUGCGCUCUCAGAGAUAUACUCCUAUGUUGGCAAGUACAGCGAGGAGAUUCUCGGAGCCCUUGAUCAAGAUGACCAGGCUGGGAAACAGAAACUUGCCUACAAACUUGAACAAGUCAUAACCCUCAUGAGCAUAGACAGCUGA